ACGUUUGUGCGUGUGGGUCACGUGAGGUCCUUCCUUUCCGGCCUCGCUGCCUGCCUGGUUGGGCGCUUCUUGGGGCUCGUUGCCGCGUGAGGGGAGCCGUCGCCAUCAUGCCGGUCUAUUUCCAGCGGCCCGAGAACGCCCUAAAGCGGGCGAAUGAAUUUCUUGAGGUUGGGAAGAAGCAACCUGCUCUUGAUGUUCUUUAUGAUGUUAUGAAAAGUAAAAAACACCGAACAUGGCAAAAAAUCCACGAGCCUAUUAUGCUGAAGUACUUGGAACUCUGUGUGGAUCUCCGCAAGAGCCACCUGGCAAAGGAAGGAUUAUAUCAGUACAAGAAUAUCUGCCAACAGGUGAACAUCAAAUCCUUGGAGGAUGUAGUUCGGGCUUAUUUAAAACUAGCUGAAGAGAAAACGGAAUCUGCUAAAGAGGAGUCCCAGCAAAUGGUGCUAGAUAUAGAAGACUUGGAUAAUAUUCAGACUCCAGAGAGUGUUCUCUUAAGCGCUGUAAGUGGGGAAGACACUCAAGAUCGUACUGAUCGGCUACUGUUGACUCCCUGGGUUAAAUUUCUGUGGGAAUCAUACAGGCAGUGUUUGGAUCUUCUCCGAAACAAUUCUAGAGUGGAGCGCCUCUACCAUGAUAUUGCACAACAAGCUUUCAAGUUCUGUUUGCAAUAUACUCGUAAGGCUGAGUUUCGCAAACUCUGUGACAACUUGAGAAUGCAUUUGGGUCAGAUCCAGCGCCAUCACAAUCAAAGUACAGCCAUUAAUCUCAAUAAUCCAGAGAGUCAGUCAAUGCACCUGGAAACAAGGCUUGUGCAGCUGGACAGUGCGAUCAGCAUGGAAUUGUGGCAGGAAGCUUUCAAAGCAGUGGAGGAUAUACAUGGACUAUUCUCCUUGUCCAAAAAACCACCAAAGCCCCAGCUGAUGGCAAACUAUUACCACAAAGUUUCUACUGUUUUUUGGAAAUCAGGAAAUGCACUCUUUCAUGCAUCAACACUUCAUCGUCUUUAUCACCUCUCAAGGGAAAUGCGAAAAAAUCUCACACAGGAAGAAAUGCAGAGAAUGUCAACAAGAGUCCUUUUGGCCACUCUCUCAAUUCCCAUAACUCCUGAACGAACAGACAUUGCUCGGCUUUUGGACAUGGAUGGCAUAAUUGUUGAAAAGCAGCGACGAUUAGCAACACUUCUGGGCCUCCAGGCCCCUCCUACGCGAAUCACUCUUAUUAAUGAUAUGGUGAGAUUCAAUGUGGUACAGCAUGUUGUCCCAGAAGUAAAGGAACUUUAUAACUGGCUUGAAGUAGAUUUUCAUCCACUGAAGUUAUGUGGUCGUGUAUGUAAGGUUUUAAAUUGGGUGAGAGACCAGUCUGAAAAGGAACCAGAACUGCAGCUGUAUAUUCCCCAUCUGCAAAACAACACCAUCCUCAGACUGCUUCAGCAGGUGGCCCAAAUUUAUCAAAGCAUUGAAUUUUCUCGCCUGACUACUUUGGUUCCUUUUGUUGAUGCUUUCCAACUGGAACGUGCAAUAGUAGAUGCAGCCAGACAUUGCGAUUUGCAAGUUCGCAUUGAUCAUACUACUCGAACAUUGAGUUUUGGAUCGGAUUUGAACUAUUGCACUCGGGAAGAUGCUCCUCUUGGACCUCAGCUGCAAAGCAUGCCCUCUGAGCAGAUUAGGAACCAGCUGACAGCUAUGUCAGCUGCUCUUGCAAAGGCUCUUGAAGUGAUUAAGCCUCCUCACCUACUGCUGGAGAAGGAAGAGCAACAUCAACUGGCUGUUACAGCUUACUUAAAAAAUUCAAGGAAAGAACAUCAGCGUAUCCUUGCUCGCCGUCAGACUAUUGAGGAAAGAAAGGAGCGCCUUGAGAGCUUGAACAUUCAGCGUGAGAAAGAAGAAUUGGAGCAGCGUGAAGCUGAACUCCAAAAAGUUCGCAAAGCUGAAGAGGAAAGAUUACGUCAGGAGGCAAAAGAGAGAGAGAAAGAGCGCAUUCUGCAAGAACAUGAGCAAAUUAAAAAGAAAACUGUUCGUGAACGUUUGGAACAGAUUAAGAAAACUGAACUAGGAGCCAAGGCUUUCAAAGAUAUCGAUAUUGAAGAUCUUGAAGAACUGGACCCAGAUUUCAUUAUGGCAAAACAGGUUGAACAACUGGAGAAAGAAAAGAAGGAACUUCAAGAGCGUCUUAAGAAUCAGGAGAAAAAGAUUGACUAUUUUGAAAGAGCAAAGCGCUUAGAAGAAAUUCCAUUAAUUAAGAGUGCCUAUGAAGAGCAACGAAUAAGAGAUAUGGAGCUUUGGGAGCAACAAGAAGAAGAAAGGAUCACAACCAUGCAACUGGAACGUGAAAAGGCCCUUGAGCACAAGAACAGGCUGUCAAGGAUGUUGGAGGACAGUGAAUUAUUCGUAACUAGGCUCAAGACAGCGAGAAAAUCAGUUUAUGAGGAAAAACUUAAACAAUUCCAAGAGAGACUAGCAGAGGAAAGAUGUAAUCGUUUGGAAGAGCGAAAGAGACAGCGCAAAGAGGAGAGACGUAUCACUUACUACCGAGAAAAAGAGGAAGAAGAACAAAGAUUGCAAGAGGAGAAGAUACUUAAAGAACAAGAAGAAAAAGAACGCGUUGAACGUGAAAAACGUGAGCAGGAAAUGCGUGAAUAUCAGGAACGUGUCAGAAAACUAGAAGAGACAGAGCGGAAGAAACGCCAACGAGAACUAGAGAUUGAAGAGAGGGAGCGUCGCCGAGAAGAAGAGAGGAGAAAUCUUGAAGAUCCGCUUUCAAGGAAGGAAUCUCGCUGGGGUGAUAGAGACUCUGAAAGCACCUGGAGAAGAAGUGCAGAGCCAGAAUCGGAACGGAGGCGCGCCCCACCAGAAAGAGAGUGGCGGCGUGGAGAAGCACGUGAUGAUGACAGACCUUCCAGAAAAGAUGAUCUGACUCCACGUACCACUGCAGAAGAUGAAGCACAAUCUCCCUCUGAAGCAUCGGAAGACAAAGUCUUGAGGCACGACCUUGAUGAAGACAAAGGUCCUAGGAAAGCCCUGGAUGAAGACAGAACAAGUUGGCGCUCAACAGCUGACGACAGGGGCCCCCGGCGCGGCCUGGAUGACGACAGGGGCCCCCGGCGCGGCCUGGAUGACGACAGGGGCCCCCGGCGCGGCCUGGAUGACGACAGGGGCCCCCGGCGCGGCCUGGAUGACGACAGGGGCCCCCGGCGCGGCCUGGAUGACGACAGGGGCCCCCGGCGCGGCCUGGAUGACGACAGGGGCCCCCGGCGCGGCCUGGAUGACGACAGGGGCCCCCGGCGCGGCCUGGAUGACGACAGGGGGCCCCGGCGCGGCCUGGAUGACGACAGGGGGCCCCGGCGCGGCCUGGAUGACGACAGGGGGCCCCGGCGCGGCCUGGAUGACGACAGGGGAAGUUGGAGAGUCACAGAUGAAGAUAGGGGCCCUAGACGUGGGCUGGAUGAUGACAGAAUCACAAGGCGCGAUGAGGAUAGAGGACCAUGGCGUAACACAGAUGACGAUAGAAUCUCAAGGCGUGAUGACGAUCGUGGACCAAGACGUACUGGUGAUGAUGAUAGAGGUCCUAGACGUGGAGAUGAUUCCAGGCGUGGGGAUGAUUCCAGACCUGGACCUUGGAGACCAUUUGGUAAACCAGGUGGAUGGAGAGAACGAGAAAAAGCACGUGAAGACAGCUGGGGGCCUCCACGAGACUCCAGACCUUCAGAAGAUCGCGAGUGGGACAGAGAUAAAGAAAAUGAUGAGAAUGAAAAGGACCGAGACUUUGAUAAAGACCGUGAUCUUGAUAGGGAAGAUCGUUUCAGGCGUCCUAGGGAUGAUGCUGGUUGGAGAAGAGGACCAGCUGAGGAAGUUUCCAGCUGGAGAGAUUCAGGUCGUCGUGAUGAAUGGGAUCGAGGUGGUCGCGACUCUAGAGAUGACCGGGCCACCCGUGACCUUCGAGAUCGGCGUGGUGAAGAGAGAGAAAGGAGAGGACCACCUCCCAGAACAGAUCGGGAGGAAGUGAACUCUUGGCGACGUGACGACAGAAAGGAGGAACGUGAAGAACGUGAAACAGUAAGACGACCACCUGCUUCUGUUGCUGCUCCUGCAACUGCUCCUGCUCCUUCUACUUCAAAAGAGCGGGAAAAAGAUGGUGAGAGAGAGAAGGGGGCCUGGAGAACAGAAAAAGACCGAGAAGCUCUUCGGCGCAUGAAAAGUGAAACUGAUGAAGAUGGUUGGACCACUGUGCGACGUUAAGUCCCGAACAUAAACAUGGUUUUUAGUUGGUGUUUAGCAUUGAUUUGAUAACAGAUUGUUAAUAUUGGUGCUUUAACGCUUUGAAUUGGAAUUCUUUAACAAAAUUUUCUAGGUAAUGUGAAAGCAUGAAACUCUAUUACUCGUAUGUAGACUGAUCAUGCACAGAACUUGCAACUAAAAGUUGGAAAUUAAAUACUGGUUAUCUGAAAUUUCAAUUUGUUGUAUAUGUCACAGAUCACUUGAUGGUAAGAGAUAAUAAUCUUUAAAAAAAGAACUCUGUAGGUAUCUUUCAAUGUGUAUAUCAAUCAAAAACCAAUCUGAUUUUUAUUUUGACUAGCUCUUCACUUGGAAAUUGUAUGGUCUGCAAAGCACACAUGUAAAACGAUGUUUCUAGUUAUAUUAAGUGAUAACUUUGUAAGACCAUACUAUCUAAAAUACACAUGAGAGAACACUUUUCCGAGUUGGGUGUUUUGAUGGCGAUAGGUUUUUGCUGGUGGUAUUAUAUGAAUUCAGUAUGUUUUCAUUUGAACUGCAUACAGUAAAUGUUACGGACACUUUAGCUACACUGGGGUUCUUUUUGGUAGAUUUUACUUGAAUGCAUAUACUUAUCAAGCCAUGUUGAAAUUCUCUUUCAACAGUGAAUGCCACUGCAGUGUCAAAACAACAAAACACAAGGCUUUAAAAAUGAAAGCAUUUAAGUAAGCAUAUUUCCGGGGUUUCCCCCCACUGUUGCUAUAGACUCUGCUUUUUUUGUUUAUGAUAAUUCAUGCCUUUGAAAGCAUUUAUAUAUAGUGUCAUAUUUCAAAUAUGUGAAUUGGAGGAACUGCUCGCUCUUCCCUUCCUUCUUUCCCAAUUUUUUGUCUUCAGGGUAAGUGCUUUGCCUUUAACCAAGUGCUUUGUAGUAAGGGCUGGGUUGACUUCAAUUUUAGUGGUGAAGUACCAAUGUUAAUGAUCGUUUUUAAUUGAAGCCAACACAGAACUUGCUGCUGUGUGUUAACUUCAAUGAUAAAUAAACAUUAACAAAAUAA